GGUCCGGGGCAGGACGGAGGCUCGGCGGGAGCGGCUGUUCCUGCGCUGGGCGCGGCUUUGGGGCAGGAACCGCCAUUGGGAAGGAGGAGCGCGGCCUGAGGGCCGUGAGGGGAUCCAUGCAAGGGGCGUGGUUUGGUGGAGGGGCGUGGUUUGUAGAAAGGGCGUGGCUUGGGGAGGGGCGUGGCUUCCCCUGGCCGGGCGCUGAUUGGUCCGUGCGGCGGCACUUCCGGCGGGACGGCCCUGUCAUGGCGGCGUGCCGCGGCUGGAGGCGGCGGGCGCUGCGCCUGCUGACGGCGGGCGGCGGCGUCCUGCUCACCCGCUUCCCCUUCUGGCACUGCUUCAGCGGGCUGCUGCUGUGCGCCGAGCGCGCCGACCUGCGCCGGAAGCCGGACAUCCCGGUGCCCUACCUGUACGUGGACAUGGGCGUGGCCGUGCUGUGCGCCAGCUUCAUGUCGUUCGGCGUCAAGCGGCGCUGGUUCGCGCUGGGGGCCGCGCUGCAGCUGGCCGUGGCCACCUACGCCGCGCACGUCGGUGGCCACGCGCACUACGGCGACUGGCUGAAGGUGCGGAUGUACUCGCGCACCAUCGCCAUCAUCGGCGGCUUCCUGAUCCUGGCCAGCGGCGCCGGCGAGCUGUACCGGCAGAAACCGCGCAGCCGCUCGCUGCAGUCCACGGGACAGGUGUUCCUGGGCAUCUACCUCAUCUGCCAGGCCUACUCGCUGCAGCACAGCGCCGAGGACCGCCUGGCUUACCUGGACCACCUGCUGGGGGGCGAGCUGGCGCUGCAGCUGCUGUUCCUGCUCUACGGGCUGCUGGCGCUGGCCUUCCUGUCGGGCUGCUACGUGCGGGCGGCCGCGCAGGUGCUGGCCGUGCUGCUGCCGCUCGCCAUCCUGCUCAUCGACGGCAACCUGGGCUACUGGCACGCCCUGCGCCGCGUCGAGUUCUGGAACCAGAUGAAGCUCAUCGGCCAGAACGUCGGGAUCUUCGGGGCCGUGGUCAUUCUGGCCACGGAUGGAUGAGGAGGGGGGAAGGUGGGAGGGGUUUUAUAAGGAGCGCCGCUAUUUAUUGGUUGGGAGGGGUUUUGGGUUUUUUUUUUUGUUGUUGUUGUUUGUAAAUAUUUGAUUAUUCUGGGUGUGGGGGUCUUGCCUUGCGGGGUGGCGGCCACUGUGUGGCCAGGGCACCUGUCCCUGCUGAGGGGUGUCACUGCUGCCCCCCCAAAUUACAGUAUUUUUACUGAUGCA